UCCACAAUUUAUUAUAAUUACUAAUUUCCUUGGUUUUUAAUAAAUUAUUUAUCCAGUUUAUAUAUUAGAACCAUAAUUUAUACCAUAAAUAAAAUCAACGUAUAAAAUUAUACUUAUAGAGGCAGGGUAAUAUUGAUCAUGAAAAACAGCAGGUAGCAGGUAACAUGUAAUAGAUCUGUAGAUAUCAUUCCAGUUCAAAGAAAUUGCCCGAUCGUGCGUUAACUAUGGUUAACGUAUCAUUCUUUUUUUGCAUUAUAUUAUUGUUUUUAUUAACAAAUUCAGAAAGCAAAAUUCUUCAGGGCCACCUUGUAACACGUGAAAACUGGGCAUUUUUAGCGAGAUUUUGUUUUUUAACGGAACAAGGCACAUUUCGGUAUGAAUUUGAAUUAGGAGGUGAUGAACAAAAUUUGAAAUUAUUAUUAUAUUAUGACGCCCCUGAUCAAUGGCCAAGUGUUUAUCCUUCAAACAAAACAUGUAUCGAAAAGGAAGCUUUGCUUUGGGACGGAAUUGGUCAAAUAGUACCAUUAUCGUUAUCAACGUCUGAACAAUCCGGAUGUGUCCAAGAAGACACAAUAACACGAUGUUCUAGCUAUCGCAGGUUUCGAUCAUCUCGUCCGAGAUGGUGGUUUAUUGCUUUAGCAGAUUGUUCAUCGGAAAGCGGAUUAAAUGUUUCAUAUUGGAUAUCGCUAACAAAUGCGCCACAUGGCAAUUUUUGGAAAGAACACUUCUCAGCAGAUGAAUUCUAUAUAUUACCAGAAUUGAUAAUAAUUGCUUGCAUUUAUAUAGUACUUGUCAUCCUAAGUUUUUAUGCAGCCAUGCAAUUGCGAGCAAGAAGACUAUUACAUGUAUCUUACAAAUUAUUCAUGGCUUCUUUGCUUUGUCAAUUGGUGGGGAUUCUAUUUGAAAUUUAUAGUUACAUAAAUCUUGGAUUAAGAGGAACAUCGACGAAUAAUGCUUCUUUGUUGGGUCAACUUUUAGAAGCAUGUUCUGAUAUUUUAUAUACUUUGCUUAUGUUACUACUUGCACUUGGUUUCACAGUGACUAAAAGUGUUUUAAAACCCAAACAAAUUCGAUGGCUUAUAUGUUUUAUUUGUCUCGUUUCUUUCUGUCAGUUGUCAUUAUAUAUUUAUCAGUCGGAUGUGUUUGAUCCUGGAUUAGUACUAUACAUCUAUGAAUCACCACCAGGUUAUGGACUAAUAAUAUUAAAAUUGAUUGCAUGGAUUGUAUUUUCCGUUUGUUGUUUUAAAACCGUUAGGAAAAUGUCAACAAAGCUUCAUUUUUACGGUUCAUUAUUUUCAUUGGGAUCAACAUGGUUUUUGUGCCAUCCAUUAACGGUGCUCUGCAUCACUUUGUUAGUAGAUGAAUGGAUAAGAGAAAGUGUUGCUAAAGGAUGUUCAUUGUGGAUUGUUUUUCUGGGACAUAUAAUAUUUUUAUACAUCACUAGACCAUCUAUGGCUAACAAGCGUUUUCCAUUUCAUAUUAGGACAUGUCAAGUGAUGCCAAUUGCUGGUGAUGGCCAAGACCAUAGUUAUGAACCUCGUGUUAGAACAGCAGGUUCUGCAUUCACUAUAUCCCAUCUACCUCCACCUACUUUGCAAUCUUAAUAAUAAGCAUACUCUAAAAUAAGUGAUAAUAUAUGUAAGUAAAAUGAAAUAAUGAUCCUAUUUUUACUGUUAUUUUUUAACAUUUAUAACUAAGAAAGGGCACAGUUAGGUACAGUUAGUCAAUAAGGAAUUAAAUAUUAAUUUUAUACGCUGUACCCAUGCCAUUAUCAUCUUAUUCUUCUUAGAAUAAUAUUUACAAUAAUCAACUUACAUAAUUUUUUAUAUCACAUGUAGGAUUUAUCUGAGAAUUUAAAACCAUAAUGAUUAUCAAUCACAUGAACCAUCCAGCCAACCAUCUUUCCACCUUUGGUUAACAAGUUUGCAAUCAAACAGAGGUUUCCCAAGCCUUUUGUUUACCCCGUUAUGAAUGUUACAAAGCCAUUGACUUAACUUUUCCUGCGAAUCUGUUUGAGGUGGAUACUGUUUUAUUUGCUCUUGUAAAUCUUCUGCACAUACAUAGCAUGGAUAAAACUUAGAAAAUAUUUUAAAAAAUGUUUUCAUAUCUGAUUUCUGUUCAUCACUUGGAUUAUCAGGAUAAUAUGCUGCCAUGGUAUGUAGAAAUGACCAUGUUCUUGAACCUAAUUCGUCCUUAUCCAAUGGGCAUUCACGCCUACUAUUAUUUACAGCUUGAUCUUUCUUUUUACUUUCCUCAGAUUCCUGAUGUAAAUGAAAUAUGUAAAAAUACAUAUAAUUUGAAUUCUUUAAAAGAACUUCCUACCUAUUUUUUGGAAGUUACUUAAUAUUUACUAUAAGGCGUACAACCAAUGUGUGUAAUAGUUUAUACAAUGAUGCAAUACUUUUUAACAUGUACAAUACUGUUGUACUUUUAUUCUUAUAUAUCAUUUACUUACAAAAAUAAAAGUUUAUACAGUAUA